AUGUCUGGAAAGGAUUUCUUGCCUUCUCAUCCUUCUAGUUCAUCGGGUAUGCGUUCAAGGUCUGUUAGUGGCCGACAGACACCAAUUUCAACUGCCGAUUCCAACGACAAUGAUGAUGAUAGAAUGUCCGUCAGUUCGUGCUCAAACACAAACACUAAGAGAGUGAACAGAUUAUAUGAUUUUGAAAAGGAAUGCUCUUUAGAACAGUCUCCAUGUUCGCUUUCUUCAGGUGAGUUGUUCAUUCCUUUCUUAUUUUGGCUUAGAAUCCAAAACGGAUCUGUCAUUGAUUCCGGUGAUCUCUGAUCAGCUUCUGAAGAAUUGGUCGGAUGGAGAAGGUGGUGGAUUCGACAAGGCCGAUGUUGGGUUGCUCGGAAAGAAAGCGCUUGACCUAUUGUACCUAAAAAAUUCUGCUGAAGUAAGUGUUGGUUGUUUUUUAAUAAAUUUGCAUCUAGUCUCGCGCCGAAGAACUUUCUAACCGUAUUCUUGCACUCGAGGCGACAAAUAGAAGAAUGAGAGAGAGUAACGUCAAGAUGCAAGCUCGUGUUGAGCAAGAAGAAGAAUAUAUCUCCAAUAUGCUUUUGAAAAGGAUCCAGAAACUGAAAACAGAUAAGGAGUCGAUUGCUUUGAAGUACGAAGAAGAAGAGGAGCAUCUCACGAAUGAUUUGACUCGGAAAUUGAGCCAGGCAGGUUGAACUUCCAUUUAAAUUAUCGUUUUUAUUGCCCCCUUAUAAAUGCUUUCUUAUAGUUGGAAAAGCAACGAGAUGAACUGGUGAAUAAGUUAAGCCGCGAGCAAACCUCCAUGAUGGACAACCUUGUUCUUAAGGUCAGAAAGUUAGAAGCCGAAGUCAGAGCAAAUCAAAAGACCUUAGAACAGCUUCGCAGAGAAAAAGUAGAUAUGGAGAACUCCUUGGAACAUGAGCAAGAAGCCCUUUUCAACAGUUUGAGUAAGCGGGUCGAUCAACUGGAAGCAGAAAAGAGACAUCUGUAUACAAUGUUGAACCCAUCCCUUCAGGAGUGUUCUGGCACUGGCCCUCCAACCCCGAAUGAGUGAGUAUAAGAUUGCUUUUUAACAAUGUUUAGUUCUACCAGAAGUUCCGUCAGUGGAUUUGUUGUUCCCGUGAAUGCAACAGAAGACAAUACCGAGAUGUUGACACUUCGAAAUCAACUGGCGAGGGCUAGAAACACAAUCUUGACUUUGAGGCAACGGGUGAAUGACAUGGAGAAGGAGAAAAAGGAAAACCAGCACAAAUUGCUCAAACUGGCGGCAUUCGAACGAGAUUUACCCACGUACGAAGAGUUCUGUCAAUUUAUUACCGAAGUUGCAUCGAAAUCAUGUGCUUCCAAUGACCCCGAGCACAGCCGGGCUUCUCCAUCACACAGUGAAUCCUCCAUUUCAGUUCCCGGGAGCAGUAAGUUCAACAGUUUUUGAUAAUAAUGUUUAGUGUCCGACCUCGAGAAAGCUGGCCGAUCCCCAAUAUCAUUUAGUUCACGGGAUGUAUCCAUGGAUUGUAAGUUUUCUCACUUAAAGGUUCAUGUCAUAGUUUUUCCGAGUUCAAGAGCCACACACAUAUCAGUUACUUAAUUUUUUUUGUCUUUCGGCAAUUAAUCAGGUUUUUUCAGCCUUCGCAGACAGAUUUGACGGUGAUUCUACCCGUUGA